AUGACGGACCCCGCCGACGAACCCCCCUCCUCCAUCCUCAUCAUCGGCUCCGGCGUCUUCGGCCUGACCACUGCCCACGAGCUCGCCCUCCGCCCCCGCUACGCCUCCACAACAAUCACAGUCCUCGACCGCUCCCCCGUCCCCGGCCCCAGCGAAGACGCAGCCAGCGUCGACUCCUCGCGCAUCAUCCGCUCCGACUACGCCGACCCGGCCUACGCCCGCCUCGCCGCCGAAGCCCAGACCGAAUGGCGCAAGACCGCAGACCCUGCCGACCUGGGAGGUGAGGGCCGCUAUCACCAGUCCGGCCUCUGCCUCGUCGCCGACCCCGUCUCCUCUCCUUCCGCGACAUCACAAACACCACCACCGCCAAAGUCCCCCAAGAAAUCGAGCCUAGAAUACGUCCGCGAGAGCUACAACAACGUCGUCUCCCUCGCCGGGCCCGACGGCCACAACAUAAUCAAAGAACUCCCCACCCCGACCGCCAUCCGCCAACACCUCGGCACCCCGAUCGCCCCGGGCACAUGGGGCUACCACAACCCCCUUGCCGGCUGGGCUGACGCCGGCGAGAGCAUGAAGUACCUCGCGCGCCGCGUCGAGGCCCUCCGCCGCGUGCGCUUCGUCUCUGGCACCGCCGCCCGCCUCAACUACUCUCCCUCCUCCUCGAUCGUGACCGGCGCGACCCUGACCGACGGCCGUGUCCUCACCGCCGACCUCGUCAUCGUCGCCGCCGGCGCCUGGACCGGCCAGCUCGUCGACCUCUCCGGCCAGGCCGUCGCGACGGGCCAGGUCUUGGGCUACAUCGAUAUCACGCCCCCCGAGCUCGAGGUCCUCUCCAAGAUGCCUGUGACCCUCAACUUCAGCACGGGGCUCUUCAUGAUCCCGCCCUCGGGCUUGCAACUCAAGGUCGCCCGCCACGCCUACGGCUACCUCAACCCGACCUCCAUCCCUCACCCUUCGUCGUCGUCCUCGUCCGCCGCGAAGAAGAGCACGGUAUCGCUGCCCGCGACGCACAUCACGGAUCCGGACCUCAAGAUCCCGGACGAGGGCGAGGCGGCGCUGCGGCGCGCCGUCAAGACGAUCGUGCCGAUCCCGGCGAUUCACGACCGGCCCUUCGUCAAGACACGCCUGUGCUGGUACACGGACACCCAGACGGGCGACUUUCUGAUCUGCCACCACCCGGAGGUCAAGAACCUCUUCGUCGCGACGGGCGGCAGCGGCCACGGCUUCAAGUUCCUUCCCGUGCUGGGCCGGGAGAUUGUCAACGUGCUCGAGGGCAAGGGCGACGCCGUCUUCACCGAGAAGUGGAAGUGGAGGGCGGUGAAGACGCGCGAGGACGUGACGAAUCUGUACGAGAACAUCUCCUGCGACGACGGUAGCCGUGGAGGUGUCCCGGGGAUCUUGCUCAAGGGAGAGCAGCCUAAGCUGUAG